AUAGCACGGCUCCGCCCCAGGCUCGCCGCGCCGGAGGUGAGCAGGAAGGAGACGGUCGCCCAGCAGCCCGUGGGCAGGCGCGGCGGAGCGAGCGGGGCCGGCGGCAGGCGCCGAGGGACGCCGAGGCCUCGGGCGGGGGCCGGCCCGGGGUUCCAGGUCUCCAGUGGGGGCUGCAGACUAAGCACAAUGAGGCGGUUCCUGAGGCCAGGGCACGACCCUGUGCGGGAGAGGCUCAAGCGGGACCUGUUCCAGUUUAACAAGACGGUGGAGCAUGGCUUCCCGCACCAGCCAAGCGCCCUCGGCUACAGCCCGUCCCUGCGCAUCCUGGCCAUCGGCACCCGUUCUGGAGCCAUCAAGCUCUAUGGAGCCCCGGGCGUGGAGUUCAUGGGGCUGCACCGGGAGAACAACGCAGUGACGCAGAUCCACCUCCUGCCCGGCCAGUGCCAGCUGGUCACCCUGCUGGAUGACAACAGCCUGCACCUUUGGAGCCUGAAGGUCAAGGGCGGAGCAUCGGAGCUGCAGGAGGAUGAGAGCUUCACACUGCGUGGCCCCCCAGGGGCUGCCCCCAGUGCCACACAGAUCACCGUGGUCCUGCCCCAUUCCUCGUGCGAACUGCUGUACCUGGGCACCGAGAGCGGCAACGUGUUUGUGGUGCAGCUGCCAGCUUUUCGCGCGCUGGAGGACCGGACCAUCAGCUCGGACGCAGUGCUGCAGCGGUUGCCAGAGGAGGCCCGCCACCGGCGGGUGUUCGAGAUGGUGGAGGCGCUGCAGGAGCACCCUCGAGACCCCAACCAGAUCCUGAUCGGCUACAGCCGAGGUCUUGUUGUCAUCUGGGACCUGCAGGGCAGCCGUGUGCUCUACCACUUCCUCAGCAGCCAGCAACUGGAGAACAUCUGGUGGCAGCGGGACGGCCGCCUACUCGUCAGCUGUCACUCCGAUGGCAGCUACUGCCAGUGGCCCGUGUCCAGCGACGCCCAGCAACCAGAGCCCCUCCGCAGCCUCGUGCCUUACGGUCCCUUUCCUUGCAAAGCGAUUACCAAAAUCCUCUGGCUGACCACUAGGCAGGGGUUGCCCUUCACCAUCUUCCAGGGCGGCAUGCCACGGGCCAGCUACGGGGACCGCCACUGCAUCUCAGUGAUCCACGAUGGCCAGCAGACGGCCUUCGACUUCAUCCGUGUCAUCGACUUUACUGUCCAACGAGGCGACCCUGCAGCCGCCUUUGACGACCCCUAUGCCCUGGUGGUGCUGGCUGAGGAGGAGCUGGUGGUGAUUGACCUGCAGACAGCAGGCUGGCCACCGGUCCAGCUGCCCUACCUGGCUUCCCUGCACUGUUCCGCCAUCACCUGCUCCCACCACGUCUCCAACAUCCCCCUGAAGCUCUGGGAGCGGAUCAUUGCCGCCGGCAGCCAGCAGAAUGCGCACUUCUCCACCAUGGAGUGGCCAAUUGACGGUGGCACCAGCCUGACCCCAGCCCCACCCCAGAGGGAUCUGCUGCUCACAGGGCACGAGGAUGGCACGGUGCGGUUCUGGGAUGCCUCAGGUGUCUGCUUGCGGCUGCUCUACAAACUCAGCACGGUGCGCGUGUUCCUCACCGACACGGACCCCAACGAGAACCUCAGUGCCCAGGGCGAGGACGAGUGGCCCCCACUCCGCAAGGUGGGCUCCUUUGACCCCUACAGUGAUGACCCCCGGCUGGGCAUCCAGAAGAUCUUCCUCUGCAAGUACAGUGGCUACCUGGCUGUGGCAGGCACCGCAGGGCAGGUGCUGGUACUGGAACUGAAUGAUGAGGCAGCGGAGCAGGCUGUGGAGCAGGUGGAGGCCGACCUGCUGCAAGACCAAGAGGGCUACCGCUGGAAGGGGCACGAGCGCCUGGCAGCCCGCUCAGGGCCUGUGCGCUUUGAGCCUGGCUUUCAGCCCUUCGUGUUGGUGCAGUGCCAGCCCCCGGCUGUGGUCACCUCCUUGGCCCUGCACUCUGAGUGGCGGCUCGUGGCCUUCGGCACCAGCCAUGGCUUUGGCCUCUUUGACCACCAGCAGCGGCGGCAGGUCUUUGUUAAGUGCACGCUGCACCCCAGUGACCAGCUGGCCUUGGAGGGCCCAUUGUCCCGCGUCAAGUCCCUCAAGAAGUCCUUGCGUCAGUCAUUCCGCCGGAUGCGUCGGAGCCGGGUGUCCAGCCGGAAGCGGCGCCCGGCUGGCCCCCCAGGAGAGGUGCAGGAGGGGAGCGCCAAGACUGAGCGGCCGGGCCUCCAGAACAUGGAGCUGGCACCUGUGCAACGCAAGAUCGAGGCUCGCUCGGCAGAGGACUCCUUCACAGGCUUCGUCCGGACCCUGUACUUUGCUGACACCUACCUGAGGGACAGCUCCCGCCACUGCCCCUCGCUGUGGGCUGGCACCAACGGGGGCACCAUCUAUGCCUUCUCCCUGCGUGUGCCCCCCGCUGAGCGGAGAAUGGAUGAGCCUGUGCGGGCAGAGCAGGCCAAGGAGAUCCAGCUGAUGCACCGGGCGCCGGUGGUGGGCAUCCUGGUGCUCGACGGACACAGCGUACCCCUUCCCGAGCCCCUCGAAGUGGCCCAUGAUCUGUCGAAGAGCCCUGACAUGCAGGGAAGCCACCAGCUGCUCGUUGUGUCGGAGGAGCAGUUCAAGGUGUUCACGCUGCCCAAGGUGAGUGCCAAGCUGAAGCUGAAGCUGACGGCCCUGGAGGGCUCAAGGGUGAGGCGGGUCAGCGUGGCCCACUUCGGCAGUCGUCGAGCUGAGGACUAUGGGGAGCACCACCUGGCAGUCCUCACCAAUCUGGGUGACAUCCAGGUGGUGUCGCUGCCACUGCUCAAGCCCCAGGUGCGCUACAGCUGCAUCCGCCGGGAGGACGUCAGUGGCAUCGCCUCCUGCGUCUUCACCAAAUAUGGCCAAGGCUUCUACCUGAUCUCACCCUCGGAGUUCGAGCGCUUCUCUCUCUCCACCAAGUGGCUGGUGGAGCCCCGGUGUCUGGUGGAUUCAGCAGAAACCAAGAACCACCGCCCUGGUAACGGGGCAGGCCCCAAGAAGGCGCCGAGCCGAGCCAGGAACUCAGGGACUCAGAGUGAUGGCGAGGAGAAACAGCCCGGCUUGGUGAUGGAGCGCGCUCUGCUCAGUGAUGAGAGAGCCUCAACUGGCAUUCACAUCGAGCGGCCAUGGGGCGCAGCCUCAGCAAUGGCGGAGCAGAGUGAGUGGCUGAGCGGCCAGGCUGCACGAUGAGCACACACUACUACUGAUGGCCUUUUGGAGGUCCCUGCCCCAGCCGGAGAGGCCGGUGCACAGGGCCACACCAGGGGAUAGGGGCGCCCCGGCUUCCACAAUGCAGCUGCUCCAGGCCUCGGGAGAGGAGAGGCCCCGGCCCCUGGGGCUGCCCUUCCCGGGCCUCGUCUGUCUGGGUCCUUUGGUCAAUGUUGCACAGUUUUUAUUGCCCCCAUCCCUUUUUGUAGUGGGCUGGGGUUUAAGUUAUACAUGGUAACUGCCUCUGGGUGAAAAAGUUUUUAAUAAACACCUAUUACCUCUUCA